AUGGUAUAUCCUAAGCCCGGUCGAAGCGGGACUACGAGUAAUUACGGACGAGUGUACAAGACAAAACGAUCCGAAGCGGACACACUAAUACCCACACGUCGGUGCUAUUCAGCAACGCGCACCGCACCUACUACAACAAACUCUUUCGAUACCCCUCAACUAUACGCCACCAUGUCUGGCGCAAGCGCUAUCGUCCUCUACCCUCGCAAGGAAGGCUCCACUUUUGACAAGGAGUACUACCUCAAGACACACAUGCCCCUCGCCAUGAAGCAUUGGGGAAAGCACGGCCUAAAGUCCUACGCCGUCAGCGAGCUCAGCGCUGAUGGCCCCUACUCCAUCUCCUCUGUCAUGGAGUUUGACAGCCAAGAAGCUCUUGGAAAGGCCAUGCAGGAUCCAGGAACUAAGGAGAUCAUGGACGACGUAAAGAACUUCAGCAACGAGCAAGCGAUCUUGGUUCACGGCAAUGUCAUCGGUCGGAGUUAG